AUGGUUUCACGACGGAAGGCAGUUUACGUCGGUCAUCUUGAAGAGCCUUGCCAAGCCUUGCGAGAGUAUCAGGAGGAUAGGGAAUUGGUUUGGAUUGAAGGGGAAGUAGGUGUCUCGAGGGAUGGUAGCAGAGUACAUGUAGGACCCUACGGAAUGGAUGAAGAGGUCGAAUUGGAUGGGGGCAUCUAUUGCAAUGUGUUGAUGGUUGCGAUGUUGAACUACUUUGAAGGAGGAAAAUAUGAGUACAUAUAUGAAAAUAUUCAGAGAAAAGCUCACCUCAAUCAAGCCCCUCCAUCAUUGUCAUAUCACGUUGGAGUGCAAGUAGCCAACAGUUCGUGGAACAUCCUUGAUGUCAAGUUCCACCGCGGUGUGAUUGUCAAUGGAUCCAUGGUCCUCCCGAUACGGGAGCGAACGCAGAACAGAUAUCUGCCCCCAGAUGACAUAAAGCCUCUGGUCAUGGCAUUUUUGAAGAAGUUACAGUCGGCUGGGAUGGACGUUCAAGGGGGAGAAGAGUCCUGGUUUGCAUACAAAGGAGAUGACGAAGAGUCAGAAAGAGUGAAAAAACAGGAUGAGGCACUGCUCAUUUGGAAUGCUAUAGAUAUCACGCUCAACAUCGGCACAUUGCUAGGCCAAUAUAUGAAUUGUCCCAUGUUAUAA